AUGUCUCCUCCAUCACCGUCACAACCUCCGAGAUCACGGGGGACGCAGGGGACACAUUCGAGCCUGUCCGGCGAAGCAUCGUCGGUCAACAUCGCGGCGGGGACGACGUCACAGGGCACCACCACCAGCCGAAGUCGACUACGACCACCACGAACAUUACCGCCAUGGAUCGCCUCAUACACGGGCGUAGUCCCACCGACGGCAGAGCAGCUAGCACUGCUGCAGGUGCCGGCUACGGUGCGCGCACACCAGAACAACUCGACACCGAGUGAGCCGGAACGGAAACGCAUAUCGCACGACGGAUUCGUGGACCUGGAGGACGGGCUCGGACCGGGCAAGCCGCGGCCGCCGCUGGUACCGCACAUACUGCGGUACGGACGGGCACCGCGCGGCGGGCGACGGUGGGACCACCUGCGGACGGCCGAGCCGGUCAUCGUGCCGGCGUACGGGCCGGCCAUGGCGCACAACAACCACAGCCGGGGCGGCGACGUCGCCUGGGGCGAGUUCGUCCGGUCGUCUGCCUGGGGGCGAGCGCCGGGCGAGGACGGCGUGGUGGUGGACGCGGCGUACCUGGAGAAGCUGCAGCCGCUCUUCGGCCAGGACCCGGACGGCGCCUUCAACGAGCAGACGGCGCAGCGGUCGAAGCGCAGGAGCGCGCUGGCCCUGAACCAGCGCGCGUUCGAGAGGGUGCUGCGGCACCCGCUGGCGCCGCUGGCGUUCCGCCUGGUCGUCAUGGUCACGUCCAUCACCGCCCUGGCCAUCGCCGGCCGCAUCUUCCUCCUGCUCGACCGCGGCGGCGGCGGCCCCAGCGUCGAGAGGUCCCAGUCCAUCACGGCCAUCGUCGUCGACUGCGUCGCCGUCCCCUACCUCGGCUACAUGAUCUACGACGAGUACACCGGCCAGCCGCUCGGCCUGCGCUCCGGCAUCUCGAAGGUGUCGCUCAUCAUGCUCGACGUCAUCUUCAUCAUCUUCAAGGCCGCCAGCACCGCCCUCGCCUUCCAGUCCCUCGUCUUCAACGACAUCACGGCCACGGGCGUGCGUCCCCUCGCCGCCGCCCUCGCCGCCUUCCUCCUCAUCGCCCUCGUCGUCUGGACCGUCAACUUCACCGUCAACAUCCUGCGUACGGUCGAGAGGCUCGGUGGCCGCGACAAUCACCUGAAUCGAGGUCCGGGGUCGAUGCCUGCACGUCCAGCUCUGCGAGCUUGGUAA